GUAAUCAUGAUCUGACUCCAACUCCAAAGACUACCACUAGAGGUCAAAAGAAAAAUACUGCUGCUAAUCCAAAGGAGCCCAUUAAUGUGCCUGAUGACAAUCAACUAGAUGUACUAGCUCUAGAGGCUAGUAUUAAAUGUAAAAAUAUAACAGCUCUGAAGGCUAUUAUUAAACGUAAGCAAAAUGAACUAACUUAA